GAUGUACUGAUAGGCGUUAUUUAUUGGGGUCCCAUCGUCCGUUGACAGAUGGAAACUUAAAGAGAGAGCAGUAAACGGAUAGUGGCGAAGGCGGUGCCGUGCAUAUUCAAAGCUCGUGUCAAAGAGAAUAAACUGUGAGCGGCGGCAAGUGCACACAAAAAAACUCAUGCCUGCGAGCCGGUUGUGUUGUUGGAGGCUGAACAUUGUGCCAUAAGUGUCCUGGAUUACCACUUUAGGAGCGCCAUGACUUGGCAAACAAAUGAAGUGUGCUAGGAUGGAAGGAAUAUGUGUUCAGUGAUAGGUAAGCGCACGUAAACAAAUCUAUAUAGAGUGCGGUCAGGCUGGAAAACCUGAACAGGUGGCAUAUCUCGGGACAUACACGUCAAGUGGAGCAGACGGACAGCUUGCCUCUUUGCGUUAAUCUCCUGCUGACGAAAGCUUCUCAACCCCUCUCCGCCUCAUCGGGAAACACUUCAUUUCGCGAAGUUCUCGCUGAAUUUUUCCAGUGCUGACAGAACGGGUUCCGGUGUCUUACAGGAUUCUUAAAAUGCACAUGCAAGUUUCCUGCUGGAUUUAAUAGCGAACGUGUUCUUUCUUUCUCAUGCCUUAUGACUUGGAUGUGUUAAAUAUCCACGUGUCAAAAAGCGACAUGUUUCCUGAAAUUAAUAACAAGAAGUGUGGGACGGGAGUUGGUACUUUGCCCCAGCUAGAGGCUCCGGUCAAACAAGUUUUGGUGACCAAUGGCAAACUUCUGCAUUCGAAUGGAACCUUACCCAGUAUCGUCAAACAACUUGUGCAAAGCACUCAAGGGAAUCAGGAGGAGAGACCUAGGCCACAGUUUCCCAAUCGCUUUGGUUCGUCUGUGGAAAACCUCUCCGAAUCCUUAACUAGGAGCAUCAUCAAUAAGUUUGAGAAGAUCAGGACAUAUGAGGGACAGAGGCUGCCUAUGUCUCCCACAACGGCACUGAAGCACUUCCAGAACCAGCUAACAGAAUAUGAGAAGGAGGAGAUCAUGGACUACUCUGAGAUCUGGUAUCUGGGUUUGGACACUAAGAAGAUUGAGGGCUCCCAGGGAUCCCCACAGAAUUCAGGCUAUGACGAUGAGCAUGGCAGCUACUUAAAGGUCCUGCAUGACCAUAUAGGCUAUCGCUAUGAAGUCCUGGAGGUGAUUGGAAAAGGAUCAUUUGGCCAGGUCUUGAAAUGUUUGGAUCACAAGACAAAUGAGAUGGUGGCCAUCAAGAUCAUUCGGAAUAAGAAGAGGUUCCAUCAUCAGGCUCUUGUAGAGCUGAAGAUCCUAGAUGCCGUGCGAAGAAGAGACAGAGAUAACUGCCACAAUGUCAUUCACAUGAAGGAGUACUUCUACUUCCGCAACCACCUGUGCAUCUCCUUCGAGCUGCUAGGAGCGAACCUCUACGAGCUUAUUAAGAAGAACAACUUCCAGGGCUUCAGUCUGGGGUUGAUUCGGCGUUUUGCUCAUGCACUGCUCAAGUGCCUCCAGAUGCUGCACAAAGAGAAGAUCAUCCACUGUGACCUUAAACCGGAGAACAUUCUCCUGUCCCAGAGGGGACAAGGAAACAUCAAAGUGGUCGACUUUGGGUCAAGCUGCUAUGAGCAACAGAGAGUGUACACUUACAUUCAGAGCCGCUUCUACCGCUCACCAGAGGUGAUUCUGGGCCAUCCGUACAGCAUGGCAAUAGACAUGUGGAGUCUGGGCUGCAUUUUAGCAGAGCUGUACACUGGCUAUCCCCUCUUCCCAGGAGAGAGUGAAGUGGAGCAGAUCGCCUGUAUCAUGGAGAUUAUGGGACUUCCUCCAAAUGACUUUGUUCAAACUGCAUCAAGACGGAGGUUAUUUUUUGAUUCCAAAGGAAACCCAAGGAAUAUCACCAACAGCAAAGGGAAGAAACGUCGACCCAACUCAAAAGAUAUUGCCAGUGUGUUAAAGACCAAUGAUCCACAAUUUCUUGACUUCAUUCGGCGUUGCCUUGUGUGGGAUCCCACAAAACGCAUGACACCUGAUGAAGGGAUGCAGCACGAGUGGAUCACAGAGGGACGUCUCAACAAGCUCCAUCCUAAACCCCGGCCUAUCCGGAAAGACACUGACAACAAUUAUGAAUUCACUUACCGCAAAGCCACUUUAAACAGGACAAGCAAGGCUGAUAAAUCUGGUUCUGACGACAAACUCAAGAGGGUCAGUGACACUUCAAGUAAAGGAGGCAAGACAGCAUCAGAAGAGCGUCUGCGUCCAAUAGGAGCAUCAGCGGAGGAAGACAACAGUGAGGACACAGGCAAAAGUGUGAGCAAAGACAACAAGUCGGACUCAAGUGGAGAGCGCUCCGUUCAGAUCAUCAUCAAACCUCAGACAGGCUCAAGCACUGAUUCUUCAGAAGGACAGGAGCCUCAGUUUCUCCCUCCUAUUGUAUAACACCCCAAAGAAAAGAAUGAGUAUUCAUUGCGUAUGGUUUAUACUUCAGCCGCUUGGUCUGGACUUACCUUUUGUGCGGCUUAGACAGUUUGACUUGUUGUGUGGCAAAAAAGUCAAACAAAUUAUUAAUUUUUUUAGCAGUUUCUUACUUGUGGUCUGUAAAGUUGCGUUCACACUAGAGUUUAAGCAUCCAACAAUUAUUUUAUGACAAUUGUGGCAAGAGGAUAUAAUGCUGUAAGGCUUCUGGCUUCUGAAUAAAUCACACACUAUAAUAAAAUAAAAAUAAAAUCACAUAAAUAAACGGAGCCUCUAUUUAUAGUCUAGUGUGACCACAUCUUCACUCUCCAGUCUAGAGGAAUUAGAUUAGUGGUCAAAGAGUGGUAGUCUGUGUUUUCGACUAUUCAAAUGAUUUGAUUUCUAAGUAAAGUGAAUACUUUGGUAUCAUUUUGGUGCUUGUGAUGUAUUUUGAAAGGAUAAUUACUAUGAAAGUGUUUUUAACACUAGCAUAUUUUGCGGAGCAUCAUGCUAUGUGCAUGUUUAUUGGGUCUAGUGUGCUUUUUUCAUUUUUCUUUUCAAAUCAUCAAAGCUUUUAGCAACGUCAUUAAUAGAGCUCAAGGUGAAUUUGAGCUCAAAGCUGCUUUAUUGUGCAAUAUUACUGCAUGGAUUAACAGUGUUUGUAUGCUUUGUUGCCAGUUUUUUUUUUUUUAUUAUUAUUUCUAUGAGUUUGUAAGCUGUCGGUGCAAUAAUUACAGAGCCAAAGAGAUUAAUUAUAUAAAGUUUUGUUCUAGAGAAACACAUCCUCAGACUAAAUCUGAUGGAAAGCACACUAGAUCAUCAAAAUGUGCACAAAACCUGCGUGAUUGUAUCGAUGAUGACUGAUAAUGAUGGCAAUGUUGAUGAUGAUGGUUAUGAUUGUUAUGAUUUAGAUUUAAAGGGAAGGUCAAAAUCAUUGUAUGUUUAUACAGAAUUACAAAUACAACAUUUUCUGGAUAGUAAUAGUAUAUUUUAUUGUAUAUACAGUUCUUAAGGUAAAUACCAUGCACCCUGUGUGGAUGCCACAAAGUCAUGUAAACAUUAGACAAGGUUUUACUUGUUCUCAUUUUGUUUAUCUGUUAUAAUUGAAAAAUAGAUUUUUACUACCAUAUGCUAUCUCUCUCCCUUGUUGUUUCUUGACAGUUUUGUUUAUGGGAUUUCAGAAGAAUGUUUCGGAUCAAGGGUGUUAGGUAGAGCCUUUCAGUAUUAGAAAGAAAUAAUUUAAAUGGUCUCUUGAAUAAUGUCUGUAAAAUACUGUCAUACCUAUGACAAUAAAGAUGUAAUACCGUA